AUGUCUUCACAUCUGAUCCGCCACUUGCAACACCUGAAGGAGAAGGAAUUAUUUUGCGAUUUUGAUUUUAUCUUGCAAAAUUCUCUUCAUCCACAACAAAUUAAAAUUUCAGCACACUCGAUUAUUCUAAAGCAAUCGGAAUAUUUUCAACGAUUGCAAUCAAAUUGUUUGAUAAUUAAUUCAGAUGAAAGUAAAUAUGAUGAGUGUUUGGUGAGGGGAGCCUUGGAAUGUAUUUAUGGUGCAUCACCUCGGGUGAUGGAAUUUCAUAGAGUACUUCCCUUCCUUAUUGAAUUUGAAUUCUUUGGAGUGAUUAGUGAUUGUGUUGAGGCUAUGAGUGGAGAAUUGAAAGUGGAUCGUUCUGAAUGUAAUAAUAAUGAGAUUAUUCUCGUAUGGAAAGUGUUGAAAAAGCUUAAAGCAUCGUGUGAAUUAGCUCAGAAUCAUUCUGUUCAAGAUGUGAUGAAAUUGGUGGUGGAAAAGAUUCGUGCAAUUUACUCAAUUAAUAUUCAAAUGAAAGAAUCAUCUAUUGCCUAUCAACAAUUGAAAACAGCUGUGUUACAAUUUAGUGCUGAUGAGUUUUUCGACUUUUUCACUUGCUUUACCAAUGAUCUCUACAUGGGAACUCUCUCUAAAAUCAUGAUUGAGUGGAUUAAAGAAAAUCCAACUGAGAGAACUCAACAAGCAGGUCCAAUAUUGUUGAAAUUGCAAUCCCUAGCUCCCAGAUCAUACAUCCCUCCUCCACCUCCUAUUCCAACGCUCACUCGUGCCAAUGUGCCUCCUCCUCCACUUCCAGUCAACUUGUCAACUCAAACUCAUCGUUAUGGACAUACUCCCUUCAGACCACCAAGUAGCAUGCCACCUCCACCUCCACCUUCAACUUUCGGUACUGGACCACCUCCACCUCCACCUCCUUCAUCCUUUGAUAUAUUUUCAUCUAUAAUGGCUGGUCGUUCAUUGAAAUAA